AUGGGCGCUCAGACAAAGGAGCUCCUUGACCGAUACCAAUCGGAUAUCUUCCUGUGUUCUGCCUCAGGAUGGCACCCGGGUAUGGUCGGCGGCUAUCCUACGGUCUCAAUUCCCAUCGGCACAUUUCCACCAGACACCCCAGUGCAAAAGAGACCCGCUAGCGGUCUCGUUCAGAAAGCCCCUGGAGUUCCAUUUAGCAUUGUGAUGGUGGCAAGGAGGUGGGAAGACCAGAAGCUUCUCGAUAUAGCACAUAUUUUUGAGCAGGCUAUGGACAUUCAAGACUCCCUGCACCUAAAAAUUGAGCCGACGGUGGAAAUCCAGGUCAGCGAUAGGACGACUUGA